GAUUCUAUUCACAACGAGGCAAAAUGUCUCGAACCGCAACAAUGACGAAGCCGAAGAGCUCCAAGGCUACCAAGCAAAAGGAGUUGCCUGUCGCGCUGCUCGAUCAGCAGGAAGAAUCCGAAGAAGAAUCCGAAGUCGAGAUCAAGGUCGAUGGCGAGAUCGAAAAGGACGAAACUGAGGAAGAGCUCGAGCGAUUGGUGUUUGGCGACAGCGCUGGAUUCAAAGCGGGAUUGAAAGAUUUCGAUGAGGAAGGCAAUGCUGAAGAAGAGGAUGACACAGGUCUGGAGGGUUUGGACGAUGCAGCUUUGUUCUUUACCGACCUAGGACCUGAGGGCGCUGCCAACCAAAUACGAGUGUCAGGAGACUCGGACGACGGUAGCGACGAUAACACUUUACGAUCGAGACAUGCUCCGGCGUGGGAAGACAGCGACGACGAGCGGACAAUGGUUUCACUAGCUUCCGUGCCACGGCUCAGAAAAUUGAGACGAACAGAGGCAGAAGAUGUUGUCAGCGGGAAGGACUACACAAGGAGACUGCGCAAGCAAUUCGAGCUGCUCAACCCAGUACCGCAAUGGGCGCAGAACGCAAUGCAAAAGCCUGCCCGCAAAAAGAGAAGACUGUCAGACGACAAUGAUGCAUCUUCCGACGACGAAGCAAUGUCAGAUGAGGAUAUGGACAACGACUUGCCCACGAGUGCUCCGCUCUCAAAACUUCUUCAGAACGCCGAAUCGCUCGUCAGACAGUCCGAACCUGGUACGGGCAAGAAACGAAAGCUCCGCCCAGAAGUCAUCGACAUUCAACGGCAGAAGGACAUACCGGGCGUCCAGCCCAGCGCUAUCACCUCUCUCUCCUUCCAUCCUACACUACCUCUGCUGCUCUCCUCCGGACCAUCCUCGACUUUGUACCUGCACCAUCUCUCCGCCUCUCCACCAGCCCCAAGCCCGAACCCUCUGCUCACGUCCCUACACAUUCACGGCUCCCAGCUCACAACCACCGCAUUUCACCCAACCGACUCUCGAAUCUUUCUGUCCGCACGCCGCCGCUACUUCCACAUCUGGAACCUCGCAACAGGACGGGUGGAGAAGAUUUCCCGUGUCUACGGCCAGCAACACGAGCAGAAAUCCAUGGAGCGAUUCAAACUAUCCCCCGAUGGUGCAUACAUGGCUCUCCUUGGAUCUACAAAGAAAGGUGGCGGUGUAAUCAACAUCCUUGACUCGUCGACAUUACAAUGGACCAGCCAGGUCCGUAUCGAAGCCCGUGGCGGCAUUGCGGAGUUCGCGUGGUGGCGCAAUUCCGCCGGCAUGUGCAUCGCCAGCAAAAGCGGUGAGAUCACAGAAUGGGACGUCCGCUCUCAACGCGUGGUGGCGAGAUGGCAGGACGAAGGCGCCGUGGGGACCACAACGCUCGGUUUGGGCGGCCAACAUGAGUUUGUCAAGAGCUCCAUCGGCACAGAUCGCUGGAUUGCCAUUGGCAGCAGUUCGGGCAUCGUGAAUAUUUACGACCGUCGAGUCUGGGCCGCGGAACACCACACCAAAAAGCCCAGCACCACAUCCGCUGUCGCGCAUCAAGAAGUUCCCGAGACUCCCGCUCCAACCAAAACCCUCGAUCACCUCACCACGCCUACGUCUCAUCUGGUGUUCUCUCCCGACGGCCAGAUCCUCGCAAUGGCGAGUAAGUGGAAGAGGGACGCCAUGCGAUUGGUGCAUCUACCCAGCUGUACGGUUUACCGAAAUUGGCCGACGAGUAGUACGCCGCUGGGCAGGAUUACUGGGGUAGCGUGGGCGAGUGGAGGAGUGGCGGCGGGUGGCGAUACAGUCGCUGUGUUGGCGGUCGCAAAUGAGCAGGGCAAGAUUCGAAUUUGGGAGGUGAGAUGA